AUGGCCAAUGAAAAGCCAAAGGAAGGAGUCAAGCCUGACAACAAGGACCACAUUAAUUUGAAGGUGGCAGGACAAGACGGUUCGGUGGUGCAAUUUAAGAUGAAGAGGCACACACCGCUUAGUAAACUAAUGAAAGCCUAUUGUGAACGACAGGGUUUGUCAUUGGAAAUGGAGGAUGAGGUUACAAUGGAUGUAUUCCAGCAGAAGACAGACAGUGUUUACUAA